AUGUUCCGACAGCCUUCAAGUACCGUUGCCGCUGUGGACGCUGGCACCACCCUGAACGACCUUCCAGACGAAAUUCUUCUCCAUAUCGGCGCUCAGUUUACCGGCUUGAGUCGGGAGAUCGACCUCGUGAACCUUGCGCUUGUAUCACCGAGAUGGCGCAUGGUUGCACAAGAAUGGCUAGUUAAGGAACCACGCUUCAACAUCACAUAUAUCUACGAGUACAUGUGUGAGUUGAGUCGUAGACCGAAGUUAAUACAGCGAGUGAAGAGUAUGGAGAUCUGGAGCACGAGCCAAGGUCGCAUAGCGUACGAUGAUGAGGAUUCUCCACCAAUGCUACUGGGAUACAACCCCGUCAAAGCACCCGAGGAGAUGACCUCAGCGUUCGAAUGCAUGACACAAUGUAGGGCCAUUGUGAAGCGUUUUGCGCGUAACGAGAAGGAUCGGGACAUGUGGAUGCGAGCAUUAGAUGAGGAUGUCAUACCCGCCCUUUUUGGUAUCCUUAUCUGCACGCUACCCAAUCUCAAGGAACUGAGGCUAGGUCAGGGCUGGUUGAUGGACUUCCCCAUGUUCAGUAACAUGCUCGCUACUCAAGUCCAACCUAUCCCCAAGACGUGGAUGUAUAGCUUUCUCGCUGGUCCGCUUGAUCUGCUAUAUUCACGUUUGACAGUUCUGGAGGUCCCUGCGGAUAUGAGAACUCUCGAGUUUCCUGGCACAUCGACUGUAUUUGAUUUGCGACCUUUCCAGCAUCUGGCAGAAGUCGGCAUCACCAUGGAAGCGCUUUUGCACGAUUAUGAGAUUCUUGGAGAGUCACCAGACCCACGCAAGAUUUUCCCCCCAACGAUCAAAGUCCUCAGGAUUAGCGAAGCGACAAUCUCACGUAUGUGA